AAGCCUUUCAAGUGCCCCUUCUGUCACAAAAGAUUUAUUAAAGAUUCGUCUCUGAUGCAUCACCAGUUAAACAGUUGUACUAAAAAUCGUCUAGGAAACGACUUCAUCUGCUCAGAGUGUGGCGACCAUUUUGAAAAAUUCAGUUUGUACAAAAAACAUUUAAAGCUGCAUACUGGAGAAUUUUAUAAGUGCACUUGUGACGCAAAGUUUGAAAAUUAUCCGAACUUAAAAGUUCAUGUAGACUCUGAACACCCUGAGGGUGAAAGUCAUGCUGAAAUCCAUCCAUACUCUUGUGAUAUCUGUAGUAAGACUUUUAUUUUUCAAGGGCGUUAUAAACGCCAUAUGAUAACACAUGACAAUAAUUCCAAAAUCGCUUGCACAAUUUGUGGGAAAGAGUUUGAGAAGGCUUAUAUGGAAAUCCAUGAACGCUCUCACAGUGGUCUGAAACCAUUUGUUUGUGAACACGAAGGCUGUGAGAUGACCUACCCUUCAAAAAAAUUACUCCAAAGACACGAACGGAUCCAUAUGGAAGAAUUUCGUCUACCUUGUACCUACUGUGAAAAAGUUUUCACACAGAAAAGCCGUCUAAAGGAUCAUCUUCGAGUUCAUACUGGAGAGAAACCGUACAUCUGUGAGACUUGUGGAUCAUGUUUCAGUCGCACCAAUCAUCUUCGCAGGCAUCGUAGAAUUCAUGAAAAAAACGAG